CCACCUUAGUCAGUCUCUGGCGAUCGAACGGUGCACACCUGUGUUAGCGGUGUGUUUUUGGUAAGACAGCGUCGAAGCUGUAAAACGGCGACGGUGAAGUAGAAGACGCGCGAAAGAAGAAAGAAAGAAGCGAAGAAGCAACACAGCAACAACACAAAGUGAAGAAGCCACUCUGCCGGCGGCUACAUACAUAUUUACUCGUGUGUGAGUGUUAGUGUGUGCGUGCUUAAAUCUAUGAAAAGUGAAUAACUAAAACGAGCUCAAAGCUACAAAAGUGUGUGCGUAAAAGAAAACAACAACAAAAUAGAGUGUUUCUUGUAUCUCUAGAAGAAGCAGCCGCAAAAGUUUUGUGUUUUGGGUGAAAUUUGUUCCAUUAUUAACGUUGCUUAUGUGCAAAAACUAAUUGAAAAUAUCGUGCAAUAGAAAGAGAAAUAAAAAAGGAAAAGGAAAACAAUAUUCAGAAAACAUCAAUCACAUGAUUAUUGGCAGCGUUUUGUGCAUAAAUCUGCAUGAGGAAAGCAGCAAGAUGCCAGCACCAACUACAAUUCAACAAUAAAACAAUCUGAAAAAAAAACACAAACAAACCACACAGAGAGAUUGAAACCCCGCAAAGUGUGGCACAGAGGAGUAGCAGGAGAAGAAAAGGGAGGAGCUAUUGGAUUUAUGCAAAAAUGCGACGAAAGCCACAAAACUUAACAAAAAGUAAACAAUCGAGUGGCAGAGCAGGAGACGAAGACGAAGGCGGCGGAACAGUCCAUAGAGGUGGCAACUUCUCAGCAUUAGCAAUCCCCAACGAAUACAACAAUAGAAUGCCAAGAGACCAUCGACACAUGAUGGCCAUGUGGCUGGCAUUGCUGCUGCUGCUCAUCCAAACAACAGUGGCGCAACACGAACGCAUCUCCCAAAUCUCACCCAAGUCGAGCAGUCAGCGGAAUGAUCGCCUGAGCAUUGAGAGCACCAUUGCGGACUCCAUCAAUGGCUUGGCGGAGAGCCAGUCCACGCUGCAGCAGGACCAGGAGCCGGACAAUGAGAACGAGACGCGUGCGGAGCGUGUGGAGCGUUCGGCGUCGCCCAUUCUGCACGAGCAGCACAACCAGCAGCAGCUGGGGCAGGCAGGCAAGGCCUACCUGGGACCCAACGAUGUGAACUACCGCGAGGGUCAGCAGAAGGAUGUGUCCGCGGGCAGAUAUUUCCACUACAACAUCAAGCCCACGGGCACGUACGACAGCCAGGAGGAGCAGCCCGAGCAGACGCAGCGAAUCAGAGCGGGAAAGACUUUAGCGGGGAGCAGCCAGGGGAGCAGCAGCAGCAGCAGCAGCAGCAGCAGCAGCUUGGAGCAGUCUUUUUUAGGGGCGGGGGACCUGCGACCGCUUACGUCGGGGUCCCCGCCCAUCAGGCCGAGUCCGAGCAGUACUGCCAUCUCGGGCACGGCGAGCAGUGCCACCCAGGCGCCGCAUAGUCCCCGACAGAACGGCAAUCCGGACAUCCAGGACAUCAUCACGGGCAUCGUGAAGCUGCUCAACGGCAACGUCAAUGUCCAUGCCAACACGCAGGGCGUCGUCCGUCGCCCCUCGGCCAGCAGGAUCAACAACCGUGGACCGCCGCGCAUCUCGGAUACGCAGAAUCUGCCGCCCAUCGACUACGAGGCACAGAAGCCGGGCACCUCGAUGCGUCCGCCGCCCUACCCCUUCGACCGACCGGAGCGUCCCUUCAUCACGGGCGUGCCCAUACCCGAGCAGAUUGUGCCGCUGCGGCCGGGCUUUGUCAGCAAUCGGCCGCCCUGGUACCGCAACAAGCCACGGCCGCCGAUCACGACGAGCGUGGGUGGCAGUCGCCGCCCGUUGCCGCAGUACAAGCCGCUGCCAGCGCCGCAGGUUGUGCCACAGCAGCAGGAGCAGCCACAGUCUCCUGCGUUGCAGCAGCCGCUGGAGGACGCUGUGCUGCCCACGGACACCACCUACGACUCGGAGUUCUCCAACGAGGAUGCCAAUGCGCAGUACAUUGAGGUCUCCGAUCAGGAAACAGAUGCCACUGGGGGUGGCGGAGAGGUCGAAGAUGAGCUGCUGCAGCCGCCGCCUUCUACGCCCACCAAUCCACCUUCGACCACGCCCACAGCGCCCAAGAAGAAGCACAAGCCAAAGCCAGAGAAGAAAAAGCAGGAGCAGCCACUCGAAGGUCUCUACACCACCAUCGUGGAGACCAGCUCCGUGGUGCACACCGUCAUGGGUGGCAUGCCCGCCAGCUCCUCCACGUACGUGCCCAUGCCCAUGGACAGCUCCGAGGGCCUGGACUUGGAUCCCUCCACAGAGGAGGUCAUCUUUAUGACGGCCAAUCGCACGCCCGGACUGGAGACGAGUCCCAGCAGCACGACGGCCACACCGUUGCUCGCCAUUGAAACUUCCAGCAUAACGACCACCAGCAGCACCUCCACCACGAGUUCCACCUCCACCACUUCCACCACUUCCACCACGUCCACCUCCACCUCCACCACAACCGAACAGCCGCCCAGUUCCAGUCCCAGUUCUACUACCAGUUCCACUGCUAACACAAAUGCCACACCGCCUGCCAUUCCCUACCAUCCCCGACCCGGCAUUGUGCUGGAUGAUCCCGAAUUCAAGCCCGGCGGCAGGCCACGCCCCGCUGCCGCUGCCGUGCAGCCCAAGCCGCCCAUUCAGCCCACACGACAGCAGCUGCCGCCUGGCUAUGGCGAGAUCUUCGACGUGACACUGUCGGCCAUUCAGGGCCCGGGGCCCAAGGGCAGCGGCUCCAAGCAGACAAUCAACAUUAAGCCGUACGGAGGGUACGCAGCGGGACAGGGACAGGGACAGGGACAGGGACUGCGGCAGGAUGACAUCAUUGUGUCGGCAGCAGGUGACGAUGGCUUCGUCUCGAUCGAUGGCAAGCGCACUUACAUCAAUCUCUUUGGUGAUCCCACAGAUGCGCCGGCGGGCAGCGGCACAACACCAGCGACACGUCUGCCACAGCUGCCAGGCGCAAGUCCGGGAGUGGCUGCCUCGUCUCCACCCGCGAAUGCCGUCACUCAGAGCAGCGGUGGCUAUGUGGUGCCCGAAACGGAAGUGGUGGAUCUGCAGGGACAAAGUCAGUCCACGGGAACUGCUGGUGCCGGUGCAGCCACAACAAAUGCGGGACCCACGCGGCCACACUAUCGCCAGCGUCCGACGCCGCCGCCUGUGCGGAUUGACACGUGCAUCGUGGGCGAUGAUUCGACGUGUGAUCAGGCGCAGCACGAGCGCUGCAAGACGGACAGCGGCGUGUCCAGUUGUCACUGCAGGCCAGGCUACUCCCGUCGCAAGCAUCGUGAGCCGUGUCGUCGCGUCAUCUCCUUCCAUUUGGGCCUGCGCGUGGAUCGCAUUUACGAGCAUCGCAUUGUGUGGGAUCACAAGCUGAUGGAUCGCCACAGCGAGCCCUUCGGGCAGCUCAGCUAUGAGUCCAUAAGAGCGCUCGACUCUGCCAUGUCUAUGACGCCCUAUUCGGAUGAGUUUAUGGAGGCCAAGGUGAACAAUAUUUAUCGCGGGGAUCCCAAUUUGGGUGGCAAUGGCGUCUACGUGAAUAUGACCCUAAAGCUGGACGAGAGCGUGGAGACUUUGCGCCCGAAUCUACGCAGCGAUGUGCAGAAGCAUCUGCUGGGCGUGCUGCAUCGAAGGAACAACAACAUUGGCAACUCCGUGCUCUAUGUGAGCUCGCCCGAGGGCGCUGUCUCGCCGCUGCAGGAUCUGGAUGAGUGCCAGUCGGCGGAGCUGAAUGACUGCCAUCCGGGCGCCACUUGCAGCAACACUUGGGGCAGCUUCCGGUGUGCCUGCGAGGCGGGCUUGCGCGACCCUUGGGCCGAUCAGCCGCAGCGUGCGGGCCGCGAGUGUCAGGCGUGUCUGGACUCGUACUGCAACAACCACGGCAGCUGCAGCUACAACGACGAGGGCAGCCAGCUGUGCACCUGCGACUCGAGCCACUACGGCGCACAGUGCGAGAUCGAUGGCGAGGUGCUGGGCGUGGCCAUAGGCGCCUCCGUGGCGGCCAUUAUCAUCAUUGUCCUCACACUCGUUUGCCUCAUCAUGUGGUCCCGUCGCUGGCAGCGCGAGCAAAAGAACGCCAUGGGUUCGCCCGUCUUUGGGUACAUGAACACGGCGCCCUUGAAGUCUGCCGCGGGACUGCCGCAGGCGGGCUACCAAGUGACGCUGGAGGAUCGCAUGCGCUGGGCACAGAUAGCGGAUGUUAUGGCCCAAACGAAUCACUACGGGGCGGAACCCAUUGGACCCACGCGUCCCUCCUCGGCCAUGUUUGCUUACCCCAACCUGGGGGCCAUGGGCAUGGGCAUGGGCACGCUGGGCGGCAUGUCGAUGCAGAGCACCAUGCAAAUGCAUCCGAGCGCCAGUCUGGCACCGCCAGUGCCAUUACCCAGAAGACUUGGCCUGGGUCCACGCUCGAAUGGCAUGCGCACCCUGGAGAACAGCAGCUCCAGCGAGGAGGAGGAUCGCGCGGACUUGCUGGGACGCAACUUUCAAGUGCCACGCCCCAAGAGUCGCAGCAAUGGCAGCAUAGCGAACCAAUCUGGCAUCUAUUACGAUGUUGACUAUGAGCCAUCGGGCAAUGGCAUUGGCAACAGCAGCGUGGAUCAUCUGUACGGCUCGCAGAACCCAUCCGUGACGCAUUCGUCGGGGAACAAUCACAUGCCCGGGCCACAGGGCAUACCCAUGAGCACCUACACCUCCGGGCGGGCGCCCAGCAGCUACUACAUGAAGUGACCCCACGCAGCACCCGCCACCCGUUGGGACUGGAUCAGAGCACAGCCCAACCAGCCCAACCGGCCCAGUUAACCCUGUACAUAGGCAGCACCUCAACACCCUUAAUGUAGGAUUAUAGCCAGUAAAUUCCAGCCUAAAAUGAAUUUCCACUGCAAGUCCCCGCGGCGACUGCAGCUGAGAUGCGAUUUUGUGUCCUGCCCCCCCUUAGCAUGAGAAGCGUAGACUUAGACUCGAUUUAGCACAACAACUAAUCAUUAAUUGUAAACUUUAAAGUUUAAACCUUAAACUAAAACUAAACUUAAGUUAUUGAAGUUGCAGUCAAAAACGCAUGAAAUUAGCCUUAGUUUGUAGCUGUAUUUAGUUUGUGUGCAUGUAAAUAAAUGAAUAAAAGAUUUAGGUGUUAAAUUAAA